AGUCCGAGCCAUGGAAGUAUGGAACCACCGCCCACCGAGAAGAAGAGAACCGUCAAAACCGUCCUCUGAACCUCUCCUCCCAGCUGCCGAGGGGAAUCCCGCUGUGCGCGCGCGCGGAAACCGGCUGCCAUUAGGUAGGAGAUCGAGGUCGUUCCCUUGCCCCACACUCUAAAGGCAGCCGCUACGGGCUGAAGCGCCUUGGAGUGGCUCGGCUUGGCCACUACCACUCUGCGCUUGUGCGGUGGGUGGGGUUGGUGGUGGUGCGGGAAACAUCAUCAAGCAAAGCAGCACCAGCGGAGUCGAGCGAGGAGUCGAAAAGGAAGAGAGGGGGAGAGGUGAUUUGUCACUGGGAAGUAGGGGCCUGUUUGGAAGAGAGGGAUUGGACUAGGAAUUUUUAGGAUUUAGUUCAAGUUUGUACGAAUUCCUAGGGAUUUGGAUCCCAAAACCACCUUUCAAGACAGGAGUCUGCUCAACUCGGUCAUUGUGUUAGCCUGGAUCAAUUAGAAUCAUGAGUGAAACGGGAUACACAGUGCAAGUCACUAACCUCUCAAGCAGGGUAUCAGAAAGUGAUCUUCAUGAGUUCUUUUCAUUCUCUGGUCCUAUUGAGCAUGUAGAACUUAUCAGAUCGGGAGAAUAUGGUUCUACUGCUUAUGUGACAUUCAAGGAACCCUAUGCCUUGGAAACUGCAGUAUUGCUAAGUGGGGCUACUAUUGUGGAUCAGCCGGUAUGCAUAACUCAUUGGGGACAACCUGAGGAGCCUUAUAAUUUUUGGGACAGGUCAGCUUGGCAGUUUGAGGAGGAAACCGAAUACAGGAACUACCAAGCAUGCCAGUUCAAUGCUACACCACAGGAAGCUUUGACAGUGGCCCAAGAUGUCGUGAAGACGAUGCUAGCAAGGGGAUACGUACUGAGCAAGGAUGCACUGGCCAAGGCAAGAGCUUUUGAUGAGUCCCAUGGGGUAACAGCGACGGCAGCAGCCAAGGCUGCAGAGCUGAGCAAGAGAAUUGGUUUAACUGACAGGGUCAGUGCUGGUGUUGGUGCAAUCCGAUCAGUGGAUGAGACGUACCAUGUAUACGAGACGACCAAGACGGUUGCUAAUGCCACUGGAAGAACAGCAGCUAAGGUCAUGAACAGCAUUGUCACCAGCAGCUACUUUUCUUCAGGAGCUAUGAUGGUGUCCGAUGCUCUUACUAGGGCUGCCAAGGCCGCAGCAGAUUUGGCCGCUCAUGGUAGACAGAGUUAAGUGAAAAUAAACACCCAAUGCAUCUUGUCAGUUAUUGAAUCAUGAGGACGAACACCAAAAUAUGAUACUUUACAUGUUCGAUGUAUAUUAAUAACAGUGUUGUAAAAGGAGAUGAACACUGUGUCUAGAACAAACUAUUCGUGCAGGACAGUUAAGUAUUGCAAAGUGGUCGUGCAGUCAUGUUUCUGACUUUUUGCUCAUUCCAUGUUCGUGCUGAUAAGUUUUGUCUUCCCUUGCA